AUGGAUAAAUACAUUAAAGUGCGAAAGAUUGGAGAAGGCUCCUUUGGGAAAGCAAUUCUUGUCAAAGCUAAAGAAGAUGACCAACAGUAUGUUAUUAAAGAAAUAAAUAUCUCUAAGAUGUCAAAUAAAGAGAGAGAAGAAUCAAGGAGAGAAGUUGCUGUAUUGGCUAACAUGAAACAUCCAAAUAUCGUUCUGUAUAGGGAGUCAUUUGAAGAAAAUGGUUGUCUCUACAUAGUGAUGGAUUACUGUGAAGGAGGAGACUUAUUUAAAAAAAUAAAUGCCCAGAAAGGAAUCUUAUUCUCUGAAGAUCAGAUUCUGGAUUGGUUUGUACAAAUUUGUUUAGCACUAAAACACAUACAUGAUAGAAAAAUCUUACAUCGGGACAUCAAGUCACAGAAUAUAUUUUUGACGAAGGAUGGAACAAUACAGCUGGGAGAUUUUGGAAUUGCCAGAGUUCUUAACAGUACUGCUGAGUUGGCUCGCACUUGCAUAGGGACACCGUACUAUUUGUCACCUGAAAUAUGUCAGAACAAACCUUACAACAAUAAAAGUGAUAUUUGGGCCCUUGGGUGUGUUCUCUAUGAAAUGUGCACGCUUAAACAUGCUUUUGAAGCUGGUAACAUGAAGAACUUGGUACUGAAGAUAAUUUCUGGACCUUUUCCUCCCAUUUCUAUGCAUUACUCCUAUGAUCUACGUAAUCUUUUAUCCCAGUUAUUUAAAAGGAAUCCUAGGAAUAGACCAUCGGUAAACUCCAUAUUGGAGAAAAACUUUAUAGCCAAACGAGUUGAAAAAUUUCUCACACCACAGCUUAUUGCAGAAGAAUUCAAUCACAAGAUCUUCCAGAAGAUUGGAUCCCAUGCUGCACCCGCUAAAAGACCAGCUCAAGAACAAAUACUGACUUCAAUUGCACCAGCUCAGAAAAUUACCAAACCUGCUGCAAAAUAUGGAGUGCCUUUAGUGAACAGGAAGUCUUGUGAUGCAUCUAAAAAGCCAAGUGAGAAGAAGCUAUUGGCUAAAUCUAGACAGGCUUUUGUAACUCCAAGGAAGAAAAUGAAUCCAGGAGAAGAAAGGAGGAAAAUGUUUGAGGAACCUUCAAAAAAGAAAAGGUUAGAAUUGCCUGAAAAAGAAAAACGUCAGAGAGAUCAGAUCAGUUUACUGAAGGCAGAUGAAAUGAGAAGAUCUGAAAAAGAAAGGAUGGAACGAAUAAACAGAGCCAGGGAACAAGGAUGGAGGAGUGUGCUUGGUUCAGGUGGAAGUGGUGAUGUUAAGGCACUGUAUUACGGUGGUGGAGGUGGUGUUGGUCCUUCUGUGUCUUCCAGAGGACAGUAUGAACACUAUCAUGCCAUUUUUAACCAGAUGCAACAGCAAAAGGAAAACAUUAGAGUAGCUGAAGAGAGGGAAGCCAAAUGGAGGAUGAAAGUACAAGGCCGAGAAGUUGCUGAAAGAGGAAUUCCACCUGGAAUACGUCCAGGAGUUCCUAAGGGGCCUGCAGGUCAUCACCAUUUACCUGAUGCUGGUGCAGUUAGGAAAAAAAUGAAAAGAUUGAAGGAGGUGUCUAAACAAGCCAGUGCAAACAGGCAAAAAGGAUGGAUAUCUGCAGAUAGAGCAAAGCAAGUUGAAGAAUUCUGGCAACGAAAGAGAGAAGCCAUGGAAAACAAAGCUCGAGCUGAGGGACACAUGGGUACACUGCAAAACGCAGCAGAUACCUAUGGAGGCAGGCCCAUUUCUGCAAGAGGAAGGAAAUCCAGAAACAAGGAGGAAGAGGAAUAUUUGGCAAGAUUAAGACAGAUCCGGCUACAGAAUUUUAAUGAACGCCAACAGAUUAGAGCAAAACUUCGUGGAGAAAAGAACGAAGCUGCUAGUUCUGAUGGACAAGAAUCAAGCGAGGAAGCUGAACUGAAACGCAAAAAGAUAGAAGUCCAGAAGGCCCAAGUAAAUGCUCGAGCUGCAGUUCUGAAAGAACAGUUAGAGAGGAAGAGAAAGGAAGCAUAUGAAAGAGAGAAAAAAGCCUGGGAAGAACAUCUGAUAGCAAAAGGGGUAAAGAAUCCUAAUGUGCCUUUUCACGUGGGAGCUUCAGAGCACAGUCCUGUGCAUGGACUACAAGAUCUUGGAGCAGAUCUUCCUAAGCAUCAACUUCCUGUGAAGCCUGGUACACCAGUCAUUUCCAUGACUUCUGCUUUGAAGGAAGUGGGUGUGGAUGAACAUGUGACUGCUAUCCAGGAAACUGAGGAAGAAAUUAAAAAAACAGAUUUUGCAAUGCAAAAUAAACGAGAAAUACUGAGAAGAUUAAAUCAAAAUCUUAAAGCACAAGAAGAUGAGAAAGGAAAAAAGGAGUGUAAAAAUAUCUCUGAGUCAGUUGGGUCUGAAGAUGGUAAGGAGCAACAAAAAGGUGACCAUCCCCUUUUAGGAGAUCGCAAAAAAUGGGAAUCUGGGGCAUCUGAGUUAGUAGUUCCUCUAGCUCAGUUAUCAAUGGAAGAUUCUCUCUCCACAACAGAUGGUCAAACUCUGGGUGAAGUAAUUAGGUUAGAUAAUAGUGAACCCCACAGGAAAGUUUGGGGCAAAAGCCCUACUGAUUCAGUCCUGAAGAUCUUAGGAGAAGCAGAGUUGCAGCUGCAAACAGACUUACUGGAAGAACUAGAUGAAAUAAAUGGUCAAACUCUGGGUGAAGUAAUUAGGUUAGAUAAUAGUGAACCCCACAGGAAAGUUUGGGGCAAAAGCCCUACUGAUUCAGUCCUGAAGAUCUUAGGAGAAGCAGAGUUGCAGCUGCAAACAGACUUACUGGAAGAACUAGAUGAAAUAAAUGGUACUCCAGAGCUCCUUGAAGGAGAUCAUCGGUCCUUAGCUGUAAAAGAGGAGAAGGAAGAAAAAGCUUUUUCUACUGUUGGAGCUAAGUCUUCAGUACUGGUUAGUGUCACAGAGUCUGACACAACUAUACCAGAAGAAUCACAGAAAGCUGGACCUACUCAGGUGGAGAGCAAACCUGUUACACUAGAUGAGCUUGAUGAUUUAGAAGAAGAGGUGUUAGAAGAAAUAGAAGAUACAAAGCAGCAGAAUAAGGAGAGUAAGGAAUUUCCCAUCACUGUUAAUGAAGUGUGGGUAAAAGAGAAAGAGGAUAAGGCACAACAUGACAGCAGAAAUGAAGUAGCUUCUCAGAAACUACUGCUUGACAAGGGGCAACUGCAAAAGGAACCUGCAGAAGAAACUUGUUCCGGUGACUCUCUGCAACCUGAACCCUUAUUCCAGAGGGUAACACAGCCCACGGUUGUACCAACAGCCUCACCAGUUCUGUCAGCUCAGUCUUCACAGGAAGAGCCUUUUGUACCUUGUUCACGUUCCAUAUCACCAGCAAAAAAUAAAGGCAAAAGUUCACUGCUGAUUGGACUUUCUACAGGGCUUUUUGAUGCAAACGACCCAAAGAUGCUGAGAACAUGUUCACUCCCAGAUCUUUACAAACUGUACAGAACUUUAGUUGAUGUUCCCAGUGUAGCAGAUGUACAGCAUCAGCAUAAUCUAGAAACAGAUGAUACAGAAGAUGAGCAAGCCAAAGAAGGACCCUCUGAUUCUGAGGAUAUUAUGUUUGCAGAGGCAGAUACAGAUUUGCAGGAACUACGGGCCUCAAUGGAACAAUUGCUUAGGGAGCAGCCUAGUGAGGAAUUCAGUGAAGAGGAGUCAUCUACUUUAAAGGCUAAUGUCAUCAAAUGCAUAACAAACGGUACAGAGCUGGAUGAAGGAGAUGAAAAUAACCCUAGCAGUGAAAGUGCACUUAAUGAAGAAUGGCAGUCAGAUAAUAGUGAUGGAGAGAUUGCCAGUGAGUGUGAAGAAUGUGACAGUAUCUUCAGCCAUUUGGAGGAGCUGAGAUAUAACCUGGAGCAGGAAAUAGGCUUUGAUAAAUUCAUUGAAGUUUAUGAGAAAAUAAAGGCUAUCCACGAAGAUGAAGAUGAAAACAUUGAUAUUUGUUCCACCAUAGUUCAGACUAUUCUUGGAAAUGAACACAAACACCUGUAUGCCAAAAUACUUCACCUGGUGAUGGCAGACGGAGCCUACCAGGAAGAUAAUGAUGAAUAAACCUGACUCAGGAAAUUCAUUAAUGCUGUACUACAUACCAGUGUUUGAAGUCUGCACAGCUGAAUAGCAAAUUGUAGCAGAGAAUGUAAUAUGGGGCAGGAGAAGCAAGACUUCAAAAAAGAAUGUUGAUAGUAUGAAAAAGAGGAGGAACAUGCCUUUUAAAACUGAGAUACACUUCUCUUGUGUGUGUACUUGUGUAUGUGUUCAUUAAGUAUUACAUGCUCAAAAUAAAAAA